GACUUUGUCAUUGUGCGCCGGUCUCGGCUGCUUCAAGAGGCAGAGCCAGAGUAUCACUUCUAGAUCUAGUGGCUUUCAGGCUUGGGCUGGUGUUUUUUGGGAUACACUUCCAGAUGAAUUGCUUUUGGCAAUCUUUGCAUAUUUGCCCCUAAAUGACUUGCUAAAAGUUUCCCUGGUUUGCAAGAGAUGGCAUUGUCUUUCGUUUGAUGAAUCUCUCUGGCAGAGUCUUGAUCUGACUGGUAGAAGUCUGCUGCCAGGAGUGAUUGGACAGUUGCUGCCUGCCGGUGUUACUGUAUUCCGCUGCCCAAGAUCUUGUAUUGGGAAUCCGUUGUUUAAAACAAGCAAACCUCUCAGAGUUCAACAUAUGGAUUUGUCGAACUGCACGGUGUCUGCUGCAGAUCUCCAGAGUAUUCUCUGCCGGUGUGAAAAGCUGCAGAACCUCAGCUUGGAGGGACUAGUGCUUUCUGAUGACAUCAUCAAGAGCAUUGCUAAGAAUCCCAGUUUGAUGCGACUAAAUCUCUGUGGGUGCUCAGGGUUUUCUGCAGCAGCCUUGAAGCUGAUGUUGAACAGCUGUUCUACGCUGGAGGAGCUGAACUUGUCCUGGUGUGACUUCACCGCCACCCAUGUCAAAGCAGCAGUCAAUCAUAUUACUUCAAAAGUAACCCAAUUAAAUUUAAGUGGAUACAGACAGAAUCUACAAAUACCAGACAUUAAAACACUGGUGGAAAGAUGUCCUUUUCUCAUCCAUUUAGAUCUGAGUGACAGUGUGAUGUUAAAGCCUGAGUGCUUCCAGUAUUUUCAUCGACUCAUCUUUCUACAACAUCUGUGUCUUAGCCGAUGUUAUCAGAUAUCACCUGCUGCCUUAGUAGAACUUGGUGAAAUUCCAACAUUAAAGACUCUUCAGGUAUUUGGAAUAGUGACUCAUCGUUCCCUACAGCUCCUCAGGGAAACGCUUCCUAACAUGAAGAUCAAUUGUUCACACUUUACAAGUAUCGCAAGGCCAACUGUUGGCAGUAAAAAGAACCAUGAGAUUUGGGGCAUCAAAUGCAGAUUGACACUGAGAAAUCCUAAUGGCUUAUGAUCAUUUACAAUGCACUGGAUGCGAUGGACACACUGUGUGUAGUGAAGCUCCUUAAGCAGCAGAGUGCUGGAGCGCCUUUAAUCAUAGUACUGUUAUUGUAAAAAGCAUUCUAACUUGGUCUUACGCCUUAAUGUAGUUUCAUAAAUAUUUUUACAGUUUUUCACUUAAAGCUUUUAGAAAUCUCAUGACCUGUGAGCAAUUGUAGAAUUUUUAAGUCCUCUUUUUUUUUUUUUUAACAGAGGAGUUUGGGUUUUUUUUAAAUACUAUCAUUGUAAUUAAACAGUAUCAGCCUCUAGCACCUGUUGCAGGUUCUGAUGGAGCUUUUGUUGCUCUAAGGUGUUAUAAAAGUGCUUUUGGUUAGCUCUUCCAGCUCUACAACUCCUGAGAUGGCUUGUAGAGGUGCUAGGUAUCUUAAUAAGGCGUAUUAAGGAAUUGUCUUUGUCUGAGUUUGCAAAUUAAACCUAUUCAAAUCCUUAAUCAAACAAGAUGUAUAGCAAGAUGAGAAGCUACCCAUUGUUUGUGAGAGCGACAGAGAACCGAGUCUGAAUUCAUCAAACCUGAAAACAGUGGAUAGGGGAAGAGAUGUCUACACAAAAGCAGCUAAAGGACACCUCAGUACUGUUUAAGCAGUAUAAAGCAGCUACAGUUAAGUUGCUCUUUAGUAGGCCACAAAGGUAGCAUCUUGGUUUUAGCAUUCUUCAUUGUUAGCCAAAUAUAGUCUGAAAAGCCCAUUCAGAAUCUGUAAAAGUAGAUGCUGGUUAUCAUUGCUUCAUAUUGUGGUGUGAAGUUUUCCAAGUAUUACAGAACCUUAAUGUAGCUUCUGUGAGGUUGAUCUCAGAUAAAACUUCUUUAAAAUGUUCUCUUACUUCCUUUAAAGAGAAGAUAUUUCAACUGCAACUGAUAAAUUGACAGAAAUCUUACAGGAGGAGGGUGCAAAUGGUUCUAGUUCUCAGACCAAAACCAAAACCUGUGACUGCAGCAUAAAAGUGCUGAUAGAUGAGAUGCUUUGGUGCAGUUUAAAUACAUCAGUUUCUCCUUUAUAACAGCUUAUGUUUGUAGUAUCAUUUCACUUCUUGUACCUGUAACACUAACCACUACUGUCUAGUGUUGGUUUUUUUAAAGAUAUAUGAAAAGCUGAGUCACUGUCAAAACCAAAACCAAACUAAGGAUAGGGACAAGUAGUGACUUUAAGUAAAACUUUGAUCUAGCUUUAUCAUCAGGGUCCUCAUGCAUAAGCCUGGAAAGCUGCUGCAGGUAUAAGUUAGUUGAGAAGUACUAGGGGUAGAACUUGCACCCUGUGUAGGGCAUGAAUAUGCUGCUGUUGUUCCCAUGAAUGCAGUAAGCAAGCAGGUGGUUACCCAUGGAUGUUUGAGGUUAGCCUACAGCAUUGCUGUAGGGCUGUUGUAUAGGUACUGUGUUCCCCAUCUCAAUCUGAAGAAGAGUUCAGGAAUAAGUACCUGGUAGUACAGAACAGAUUAAAUA